AUGGCGACGCUCGAAGCACUCACGUCCGAGCAGACGCAGCAGACGGAUCUCUUCCAGCGGCUCCGAAAGGAGGGCGCGGAUCCGGCUCAGCUGGAGGAGGUCAAGAAGAGGAUUCAGGAUCUGAAGAAGGAGAUCGGCGCGCUUAAGGGCGCUGGGGGCGCGGCGGCGGGCAAGAAGAAAGAGCGAUUGCUGCUCAAGACGCCAAAGGGUACGCGUGAUUAUGGACCGGGAGAGAUGUACGCGCGCGAGCACAUCGAGCGUAUCGUAAAAGAGACUUUUGUGUUAUAUGGCGGUGCCCAGCUGGACACGCCCGUGUUCGAGCGGAAGGACAUCCUGGCGGGCAAGUACGGCGAGGACGCGAAGCUCAUCUUCGAUCUCGAGGACCAGGGCGGCGAACAGCUCGCCUUGCGAUACGACCACACCGUGCCCCUAGCCCGAUACCUGGCCAUGCUCGGCGGGACAAGUACGCAGAGCAAGCUCUGGCAGGUCGGCAAGGUCUACCGGCGCGACAACCCGGUGAUGAGCAAGGGCCGCAUGCGCGAGUUCUCUCAGGCGGACUUUGACAUAUCGGGACUGUGGGAUACUAUGAUUCCCGAUGCGGAGAUUCUUAGCAUGGUCUGCAAGGUUUUGACGCGUCUCGAGGUUGGCGACUUUACCGUCAAGCUCAACCACAGAAGAAUCUUGGAUGGCAUCUUCGAGGUCUGCGGUGUACCGGCGGAGAAGAUUCGCCCCAUAUCUUCUGCCGUCGACAAGCUUGACAAGUCCCCAUGGUCUGAGGUCAAGAAGGAAAUGACCGAGGAGAAGGGCCUGGACGCCGCUGUUGCCGACAAGAUCGGCGAGUAUGUGAAGCUCAAGGGCAGCCGCGACCUUCUCGAGCGCUUGCAAGCGGACGAAGCGCUCGCCGCCAACAAGAGCGCGAAGCAGGGUCUGGACGAGAUGGCCGUUCUGUUCGACUACCUCGACGCAUACGGUAUCACGAGCAAGAUGUCGUUCGACAUGUCGCUUGCUCGCGGUCUGGACUACUAUACCGGCAUCAUCUACGAAGCCAUCACAGAAGCCUCCGCCCCACCCGGCUUCAAAUCCGCCGACGCUCUCGCCGACGCACCUGCAUCCGAAGCCGCCGCACCCAAAAAGAAAGCCAAGAAGGUCGCCACCGCCGGCGAUGAGGAGGACGAGGUCGAUGCAGACAGCGUCGGCGUCGGCUCUAUCGCUGCCGGCGGACGCUACGAUAACCUCGUCGGGAUGUUCACUGCCGCUGCCGCGGGCGACGAUAAGAAGAAGGCUGCGAGUAUACCAUGCGUGGGUAUCAGCUUCGGUCUGGACCGUGUGUUCGCGAUCUUGUGGCCGAAGUGGGCGGAGCGCGGGAUGAGGACGAAGGAGAUUAUGGCGUAUGUUAUGAGUGCGGGUGAUGGGUUGCUCGUCGAGCGUAUGGGGCUUGUGCAGGAGUUGCGCGAUGGCGGUAUCUCCGCGGACUUCCUUGCAAAACGCAAGCCGAAGGGCAUGGCGGCGCAGUUCGCAGCAGGCGAGCGCGAUGAGGUUCCCUUCGCCAUCAUUGUCGGCGGCGACGAGCUCAAACAGGGUAUCGUCACCGUCAAGCAGCAGAAGUGGAUCAUCCAGGACGGGAAGAAGGUCAAGGAGCAGAGCGACGACAAGGGCGUGCAGAUUAAGCGCGCCGAGCUCGUGCAGUGGAUCAAGGAUUCGGAGGUGUACAAGCUUUGGGAGAGCGGGAGGUUGAUCGAUGCGUAG